CGCGCUUUGCCUUCUCUCCCAGCUCUCUUUGAACGCCCUUUCACUACUCUUGUUCCUUUUUCCCCCCUUUAACAUUCUUUCCCCUGUAUAGUGAUUACUCCCUUUUUCGAAUGUCGUCUCUUUUCGGUUCCGUCGGUACUACAACCGCGGCUGCAGGCACAACAAAUACCGCAGGAGACAUUUCCAAGGAUGUUCCUCUAAAUACCCCUCCUGAAGAUAGCAUCUCUGAUCUCCGUUUUUCUCCUGUGAGCGAACACCUUGCUGUAGCUUCAUGGGACAAGAAAGUUCGCAUCUAUGAAAUCAACGACCAAGGUCUAAGUGAAGGGAAAGCUCUUUUUGAACAUGAAGCACCUGUGCUAAGCUGUUGUUGGGCUCCAGAUGGUACUAAGGUCGUCGGAGCUGGUGCCGACAAGGCUGCCCGCUUACUCGAUCUCUCUGCAAACACAACCAACGCCGUUCAGGUCGCUGCACACGAUGCCCCCAUCAAGACAUGCCAUAUGAUCCCCAAUCCCGCAGGUGGCACGCCCCUUCUUAUCACUGGCUCCUGGGAUAAGACUGUGAAGUAUUGGGAUCUUCGACAAUCAACGCCUAUCGCCGCUGUCGAAUGCCAAGAACGCAUCUACACAAUGGACGUGAAGAGUAAAUUGCUAGUCGUCGGUACCGCCGACCGGUACAUCAACAUUAUCAACCUCGAUAACCCUACUAAGUUCUAUAAGACAUUGCAGUCCCCUCUCAAGUGGCAGACGCGGGUAGUCAGCUGCUUCACGGAUGCUACAGGCUUUGCAGUAGGCAGUAUCGAGGGUCGUUGCGCCAUCCAAUACGUUGAAGAUAAGGACUCGAGCUCCAACUUCAGCUUUAAAUGCCAUCGUGAGACGCCUCAGAAUAAUCGCGACGUCAACAACAUCUAUUCCGUCAAUGCAAUUUCCUUCCAUCCAGUUCAUGGCACUUUUAGUACUUCCGGCAGUGAUGGUACUUUCCAUUUCUGGGACAAAGAUGCUAAACAUCGCCUCAAGGGCUAUCCAUCUGUUGGGGGAACUAUUUCCAGCACCUGCUUUAACCGAAGCGGUAACAUAUUUGCCUACGCUGUUAGCUACGACUGGAGCAAGGGCUACUCUGCAAAUACGCCGCAGACCCCAAAUAAAGUUAUGUUGCAUCCAGUUAGCCCGGAGGAGGUGAAACCGAGACCAGGGACCAGGAAGAGGUGAUUUGAAGGAGCUGGGCGAAGUUGGAGAUCAGCGGGGCUUCCGAUGAUGCAUGUCAUUUGGAAAAUUCGAAAUAGAAAAGACUUGCCCCAUCCUAAUUUAAUAUGCGCUACGAUCGGUAAAGAAGUAUUCAGUGUUCACGGUUAUUCUACGAGACGAUGUCUUUUCUUGCAAGAGUUUUCUUUUCCAAUGCCUGAAACCAGCCGGACGGUGGACAAUUGCAGUAAAAAGUACCACGAUCUCCCGACCAUGGCCGUAAGAAGUCGUAGCCUAGUUUCAAUCAGAUUCAUCAUUUAGUUUAGGUAGUCUUUUUGCAAGAGUUAUGUUUCAACAAUCUAUUCUAU